GUGUGUGUGUGUGUGUGUGUGUGUGUGUGUGUGUGUGUGUGUGUGUGUGUGUGUGUGUGUGCAGACAGGAAACAAGCUGUCCUUUGAAUCUUCGAUCCGCAGGCGGUGCCGGGUUGGACUGGUACCGAGACCCGACGGUGCCCCUUUCAUCUGCCGGGUCCGGGACCAGCAGGGACGGGUCCGGGUCCAGACCGCGGGACGGUGUCUGGUUGAGGUGAAGAAGACUGCGGACGGACAGGAGGAAGGUCUGGAUCCGCAGGGAGCGCGCAUGCAGGGAGCGCGCCGCGCGGCUGCGGGAGAGGCGUGACGCGCCCGAACCGCAUCUCCAGGAUGGCAGGUCCUCCUGACGGGCCCUCGGCUGUCUGUACCGGGAUCAGACCGGCGGCCCUUUGAGGACGAUGGACCCUGCGAUCCCGCCGGGCCCUGGCUCCAGGACCAGGACCAGGACCAGGAUGGACCCCAGAACCUCAGCGUGCAGACGCGUACUCGGUGUGAGCCUGCUGGUGGCCGGCACACUGGUUUCCAUGGUAACAUCGAGCUCACCUGCUGCAGGUGUGCUGGACUUCAACAGGACGUCGGAGUCUCCUUCAUCACCACCCUCCUCCCCUCUUAGACCCCCAGCCCCCAGCCCACCCUCAGAUUCUAGUUACCAUGGUAACAGCGGUGGUGCAAGCUCUGCUGAGGACUCAGACUCUGGUGCUCAGGGGAUCCACCUCCUGCUGAGACCCCCAGACCUCCUGUCCCCCAGCUUACCCCCACCUCUCCCUCCACACACCCAGCCCACCCUCACCCCUCCUCCCCCCUGGGAGCAGGGCCCCUCACUGGAGGAGGCCUGGGGCUCUGGGGACUACCUGGAGACUCUGUCCUUCAUGGUGCCUGACGGCGAGGAGCUGGCCUUGGCCACGCCGCUGCCCAACCACCCCUACGAUGAGGAUGACGGCGGGGACUGGGUCUCCUACGACACUGCCUUUCCUGCCCGUCCCACCCUCCCCCUCUCCUCCCGCCUACCCCUUUCACCCUCCUCAUCUACCCCCAGCAUCCCCCUGCACACUCGCCCCACCCAUCCAGACGUCUUUCCCACCUGGGAUGAGGACUACGACCUGGAGGACAUGAUGCCUCUGGAGCCGACGGAGCUGCUACUGCCAGACAUGAACAGUCUGGAGUACUACACGAACCUGUUAGCCCGGGAGAGGGAGAGAGAGAGAGAGAGGGAGAGGGAGAGGGAGAGGGAGAAGGAGAGACACAGGGAAAGAGAGAAGGAGCGAGAGAGGGAGAGAGACCAGGACCUUGUCCACCGGACUGACUCCAAACCCCCCAUCACUCCCACAACAACUCAAACCCAUCGUUCCCCUCCACCCCCAAGCUUUGGUCCUCUUCCAGGACAGGAGUCUAAGCAUCCUCCAUCGGGACCCACCCCUCCCCUCACCCUAUCACCCACUCUCACAGGUGAGGAGAAGUCAACCACGAUGAGAACUCCAUCCACCCUUUCUCCUCCUGCUCUAAAACCCAAAGACCAUGUCCCAGUCCCGGGCAGACACCCUUUUCGUCCCCCAUCCAACACCACCGGCCGGGUGCCUCCCCCUCCACCGCUGGGACCACCAACCCGCCCCGACAGACCGGAGAGGCCUCCAGUGGUCAUAGAGAAACCAGCAAAGGUUCCAACCACCAGGACCACCACCACCACCAAGGCGACAACCACGACAACUGCCAUCACCACCACCACCCAGAUCACAGCCAUCAGCCUGACCAGAGCCCCUCCAGUCACUACGCCCAGAGUGGCCCAGACCCCGCCCACCAGACAGUACCUGUGUAACGUCACCAAACCAGAGAUGUACCUGGUCAGAGUAGUCAAUUCAAAAGGUUCGUCAGCAGGUUUCACUCAAGUCAGAGAUCUUCUGAAGAGGGAGUUCAACCGUUCAGUGGAGCUCCAGUUCCUGAGAACUCCAUCUAGUUUUGCUUUCCGAGUUGUGUCGGGACCAAUGAUCUUCACCGCCAUCUCAGUCAUCAACGCCCUCCGCCAACCACCACGCAGCUUUGGUCCUGUUCCCACCGUGUCACCGCUCUACACCAUACCUGACCUCAGGUACCAGAUCCACUCUGUGCUGCAGUUUGUCCCCACCCACGUCGACGUCAGAGUGUGUAACUUCAGCGAACGGGUGGAGAGAGGCCUGAUGAUGGCAUACGCCGAGACACGGAGACGAUUACAUGAAGCGGGAAACGUCACCGUACAGCUGUUGAACAUCACCAUGGCCGUUAAUCGGCCAGCAGUGGAGCAGAAGGUAUCCAUCGACAUCACCUUUGCAGUGCGUGAUGGGCGGGACUACCUGCCUGGGUCAGAGGUCAGCGAACACCUGAGGAAGCUCAGCCUGGUCGAGUUCAGCUUCUACAUCGGUUUUCCUGCCCAGCAGAUCGCAGAACCUUUCCACUACCCUGAGCUGAACACGUCUCACCACCUGCGAUCCACCUGGGUCCGUACAGUCCUGCUGGGAGUUCAGGAGCAGUUGGUGGCUGAGAGGAGUUUUAAAGCUCGUCUGGAGAGACGUCUGGCUCUGCUGCUGGAGGAGGGACUGCAGACGUCCAGCAGGAGGCGCUUGAGAAGAGCUACAUCUGUGGGCAACAACAGUCUGCAGGUGGUUCGGGUGUCGAAGCUGUCAGGUCCGGAGCGCCCCCUGGAGGUCUUUUAUUUCGUGGAGGGUCCAGGUGGUGAGCGGAUCCCGGCCGAGGCGACCGCGGCCACCCUGAACCGCCUGGACCUUCAGAGAGCUGCCAUCGUCCUCGGACACCGAGUCCAGAGACCGCUCGCCCAACCUGUGGAGACUUUAUCUAUCCCUCCAGCGGAGACUCAAAGCAGCAGUAUCUGGCUGAUUGUCGGCGUGGUUGUCCCCGUCUUGCUGGCUGUCUUCAUCAUCAUCAUCCUCUACUGGAAGCUGUGCGGCUCAGAAAAGCUCGAGUUCCAGCCGGACGCCAUCAACACCAUCCAGCAGAGGCAGAAGCUCCAGGCUCCCAGUGUGAAAGGCUUCGAUUUUGCGAAGCUCCACCUCGGGCAGCACAGUAAAGAUGACAUCAUGGUGAUCCAGGAGCCCGGCCCACUGCCUGCCCCCAUCAAAGAGGCCACGCCCUCUGACGGCGGAGACCUCAACACGCCCAAAUCUAAAGGAUCAUCCACCAAGGUGGCACGAUCCAACCGCCGCAGGGGCAGGCUCAGCCCGUCAGAUGGCGACUCGCUGGGCAGCGACCAAUCGAGCGGCAGAGAAUCGGCAGAAGAAAGCACUCGACCUGUGGCCACACCCAGUGAGGGGAAACAGCACAGGAAGACACCCAAAAAUGGGAGGAGCAAGAUGGGCAGCGGUCCAGACGAGCUUCUCUCUUCGUCCUCCAUCUUCGACCACGUCGACCGUCUGUCGCGUGGCUCGUCCGAUGGCACCCGACGCCAGGCCAACAAGGUGCAGCUGAUCGCCAUGCAGCCGCGACCGAGCCCUCCGCACGCCCAUUCCCAGCCGAGCCCCACCCUCACCGAGAAGGUCAACACAGAGGUGGCGCUGAGACACAAGUCGGAGAUUGAGCACCACAGGAACAAACUGCGGCAGCGCGCCAAGAGGCGGGGUCAGUGUGAGUUUCCCUCUAUGGACGACAUCAUGGACGCGUUUGGAGACGGGCCAGUGCAGGGCGAUGUGGCGCAGCGUCUCUACAGCUCCGCCCAUGACCACAUGGACUGCAUCCUGCAGGCCGACGCUGCCUCACCCCCCACCCCCACCGACUCCAGGAGAAGAGGGAGGCGCUCUCCUCGGGGUAGGCGGGCUCAGCCAGGACCUGGAAGUCUUCCUGAUACGGACAGAGACCGGCUGCUCACCGACCAGAGUGCCACCUACAGGAAAUACCCAGGACUCAACAACGUGGCCUACAUGUCGGACCCUGACCUGCCCCCAGACCACGGCAGCCCCUCCCCUACUGACGAGGUGUUUGACCCCGCCCCGGCCCCACCACCCUACAUGCCCCCCCAGCCUUCCAUCGAGGAGGCGCGGCAGCAGAUGCACUCCCUCCUGGAUGACGCCUUCGCCCUGGUGUCGCCGUCCUCACAGGGCAGCGCCGGGGUGAGCGGGGUAAGCCCUGCCCUGCCCAGCCCCUCCCCACAGGCCCGCCCCCCAGGCAGGCAGUGGGGCUCUUACCCAGCAGCCCCCUCUCACAGCCCCUUUUCUGCAAGGUAUGCAGAGCUGGGGAUGUCUCCCACAUCAGUCCAGGGCCUGUUGCAGAGGCAGGGCCUGACCUCAGGAGGGUAUGUUUCUACUGGAGACCAACUGCAGGAGUCGGUUUACUCCAGCAGAGGGCAGUACGAGGACCCCCCCUCAUCGUCCAGACCACGACCUGUAGGGGGCAGCACAGGUGCACAGCUCCACCACUUGACCCAGGUGGGUUUGUCGAGCCAGAUUGGUGCGUACCCUGGGGUGGGUCGGAGUAUGUCGGGACCCACAGGCACCAGCUGGAACCAGCAGCACUCAGACCAGGAUCUGUCCAGACCUGGAGCCAGCAGAGAGAGUGUGCUGUCGUUUCCUGAGUUCUCCUCUUCCUCUGUUUUCCAGAUGCCCAGCUCCUCAUUGCGGGACCCAUCGGCUCCGCCUCUCCUCCUUACUUCACCAACACCAGAGUACCCACCAGACGACGCCUCACCGUCUGCCCACACCUCAGCUUCCCUUAUAAAGGCUAUCAGGGAGGAGCUGCGACGUCUGGCCCAGAAACAGGCUGCAGUGACCAGCUACCCUUAGACUGGUUUGUAUCAGGACUCAGCUGGUUAUUGUUUUAAACCACUCAGAGCCAGUAAGGACUGGAUUAAAACCAUAGAACUGACUGAUCUACACUCUGGACACUCUUGAGCUAUCUACAUCUGUGCCGCUAACCCAAAAUAACUCUGGACCACAAUCCACGUCUGAAAAAAAAAAGGACAUAAAAGACCUCCGGUUCUUUACAGGGUCCCGUCUGUCUGUCCGUCAUCCUUCAGCUCAGUGUUUAUUGGACAGGAGUUUGAUUCUUCACGUUUUGACUGAAGUGCUUCCUGGAGUUGAUCAUUCAAUGAUCAUCUUUCCUCAACUUCUGGAGUGACAAUUCAUUCCUGAAAAUCCGGACUGGAUUGUCCCUUCCUGACCUUCUGAAAUGGAUCCUCCCCCCUGAUCAUCUGGAGUUGGAUGGUCCUUCCCGACAUUCUUGAGCUGAUGGUCCCUCCAGAUCUUCUGGAGCAGAUGGUCCCUCCAGAUCUUCUGGAGCAGAUGGUCCCUCCCGACCGUCUAGAGUGAAUGGUCCCUCUAGACCUGCUUGGGCAUUUCAUCCCUCUUGAACUUCUGGAGCAGAUCAUCUCUCCUUACCUUCCAGAGUGGAUGAUCCUUUCUGGAGUUCUGGAGUGGAUGGUCCCUUUGGAACUUCUGAAGCAAGUCAUCCCUUCUGACCUUCCAAGUGGAUGGUCCGUCCUGACCUUCUUGAGUCGAUGAUACCUCCUGAAGUUCUGAAGCAGAUCGUCGCACUGGACCUUCUGUGGUGCUAACCGUCCGUCUCAUAUCAUCUCCUCAUUGACCACUUAUUGCCUUCCACACUCCCAUCAGCCACAGGGAUCAGGUCUCUGUUCAUAAACCAUAUCAAUGAGGUCUUUGCACUGAGGACAGCUGGAGGUGGCGUACAGUUCCUUCGACAAGGGGACGCAAAACAGGAAAAAAUUAUAUAUAAAUAUCUAUAAGGAUUAAUAUAAAUAUCUGUAAAGAGAUAGAAUCCCAAUGAGCACAAUAUUAAUGUAAGAGUUAUUAUUGGAGUAUUGAGAUGUUACUUAUUUUUUAUUGCUUAUAUAUGAAAGUAUACUUUAAAUCGUUUAUUUUAAACAAAAAAAGACCAAACUACUGUUUAAUGGUUGUAUUCCUCUUGUGUUUGAGCUCGCUGUACAUUUUGAGCUGGCGCUUGUUUCUCUGUGGAGACGUUGCUUAUCGUAGCUGCUCGCUCGUGUGUUCAUGUAUCGGUGGCAAUGAAAAAAAAAAAACUGCUAAUGCAUCGCUUUAAUAUAAUGUUUUUUCAUCACUGAUUUGUUAACAUCCAUCAGUUUAUCAAUUUGUGGGCAGAACGCUAUAGAUGAGUUUAUCACUUGGCAGUUGUUUCUGUACGGGGCAGAGAUGGUAAACCAGUCAUUAAUCACAACCAGAAAUUAAAGCUAAGAGCGGACACAACACUUGCACACAAGAAAACACAUUCUUACCACUAACUGAAUGUCAUAACUGUAGCAGUGAUAGGAGAUAACCUUAAAACUACUUCUUAUUAAUGGUAGCAAUGCAAACAACAAAAGGACCCAGGGCAGAACCUUGAGGCACACCAUAGCACAGAUGAGAAAUUAUUAACAAUGGCUGCCUCAUUAGUUCCCUGUGAGGUUAUGUUUGCUAUGCAACAGAAAACUGAUGAAAAACAUCUCUAUUCUUACUAUCAUGUUUUUUGGAGGCCCCAGUAUUGAAUUGUACCGUAUUAUUGUUACAAAAUAUAUAGGAUAUAACAUUUUGUGGUAUUAUAAUAAAGCUUUUGUUCGAUCCAAAAAUCACAAUAAUCAUGAUAGUUUCUGAGACGGUUAUUGUAUUGAAAAUCAGAAAAAAACAUGUCUUUGGUGCCUAAGUGUUAUGCUCAAUGUAUGCACCAAGUGGCCUGGGAUCCCUGGUGGUCAACUCACACGGUAAGCACCCUUCCGUGCUUACCACCCAGAGACCCUUACACUGUAGGUGCUGAAGGGGCCCGAGUGGUCAGCGUGCACGAUUCGCACUGAAAGUCCUUCUGAGGCCCUGGUGGAACCGGCCCCAAAGGCCUGGUCCAUUAUCCAGCUUUGUUGCUUAUUAACAGCGAGGUAACAUGUUUGACCUGAUGGUGGCGUCAGUGUGAUGUUGUUACUGUUUAUUCUUUGUACUGUGGCCUUCAUAGAACAUUUUAGACUCAGUUCAGACUCGACUGUGUCUUUGUCUAUUUACAGUUUGAUAAUGGAUCCUUCAGCGUAUGAAGGUAAAAAUAAAUGUUGAGGAAGCUGCUGGGAUGUCUUAGUCAGGUUUUAGCUGUUAAAUCCAAAUGUACAGUCUUCAUACUUGUGGACUGAGCCCACAGGAACUUCAGAGGAUGAAAUAUGCUCAGAGACAUUACUUAAGACCUCAGUAAUUUCCAUGGAGAUGAUGAUUCAAGUUCCUCAUCCUGUGAUAAUCCUGUAAUCCCAGUAUUUUUCUGAAUGGCUCUUAGAGAUGCUGACAUCGGUAUUCGAUGCAGGGUGUACAGGGGUUAGGUUAGGUAAGGACAUAUAUUUUUCUAUGUUGGAUGAAAACUCUUUAUCUUCAUGUGCUGGUUGUAGAACUGAAUGACUGGUUGCUCUCUCUGCUGGUUGGCUGUUUUCUCUGUAGUGUUGUAAAGAAGUCGGUCGCUCGUAAAAACUUGGUUCCACAGGGUACGAGAGGGUUUGUUCGUCUGCUCUCUGCUCUUCUUCAGCAUGUUUGACUAAGUUUGAGGCUUUAGCUACUCGUGAUGUUCCAGUUAAUGUUUAGCAUGCAGCUAAAAGAUGUUAAAAACAAAAUUUAAAUAAGUAAAGAGUUGUUCCACAUAAAGUUAAGAGUGAGCAAAGAGUGCCAUGAAAACCACCGUUCAUCCAAACACAGUAGAAAAAAACAACACAUCAGAUGUUUUUUUGUUUUGCGUUUCCAAAAGAUAUUUUUUAAUCUAAAUAAAGAUGGUUACAGUAAACAGUAUAUAAAUGAAAGUGGAUAUGGUGUUUAAUAGAAAACAUAAUAUAUAGAAAAUAUUUUAUCUGUGAUUGCUCUGCUGAACGGACUCAAAGAUUUGCCCGGCAACAGUGCCAACACAUCUUCAUGGACCAGAAACCGACCGCAGAACUCUUCACCGGCUGGAGACCUUCUGAUUGGACCUAGCACCUGUCAGUCAAACUGUAGGACUUGGCCACGCCUACAGGAUCACAUGGUGCUAAUUCAAUGACUCAAGGUGUGUCUGAAACUCAUCAGAUCACACACGGAAAAAAAAGAAACCCUGCAGGUGUCGUGAUUGAAAAGAGAAGUUAAUCUUCUCAUAUCAAACUCAAGCUGCUGCUCUGCAGGUUUCACAAACUGCUCCUGAAUGUUUCCUUCAAUGUUUUCUAUACUUUCAGAGUUUCUGUGUUUUCUAGAUCUGUGAUCCUCAGUGAGAAUCCAGCCGAUGACCAGUCGCACUGUGGAUGUUUACUCGUGACAAAACUAUUGAUUCACCCUGGACUCACCCGGCCCUUACAUGUACAGUCCUGAAAGGUUAUUCCUCUAAUGUGAACUUGUGAAACCAAAAUACUAACGUGUGAGAACACGAUUAUAACUCUUGCACAUAAGUGAUAUUAGUUAGCUAACGUUUGAACAAGAUACUAACUCAUGUGUGGGAACAAAAAAAAACAUCAUGUGUAACAUUUUAACUUGUGUGAACCGAAUAUUAACUUUUACAAAGAUAAUUAAUUGUGGAAACAAGUUAUUUACUUUAACACACAAGUUAUGAAUCUUGUUGUAUCCAGUUAACAGUAACUCGUGUAGUUGUUAAACAAUAUAUGUGAACUUCUCCACACAAAAUAAGAAUGUGUGCACAAGUUAUUUUCCUUUGCUCUUAAAAUUAAACAUCCAAUAUUAGGAGGUUUUUGUAAACAUGUGAUCUGUAUCUUGAUAUCGGAUCUGGAUCAACGGUUCUAGCCUCACUAUUAAUCUGUGAUCUGUAUUUUAGAAACAAGUUCUGUUCUCACUGAUCAGCUGUGUGAUUUCAGAUUUACUCCUCAGAUAGUUUGAGUCAUUAGUUUUGUCAUGAACGAACUUCCGUACAGGUGUUGCUCUGGGUCAAACCACAUUCCUGUUGAUCCUCUCUGGAAUCUGUUCCAACAAGCAGCAUCUCUGAGUUCGAACCCAGACCAGGUCCCGGUGUGGUGACUCGGGGAAGCUGCUUCGAGGAGACGGAGCCUGAAGGAGAAAAAGUUAUUUUAAUGUCAAAUCAGUGACGCGGGAACACUGCCAGCAACCUCACCUGUUCAACAGCAGCCAGGUGAGUUUUCAGCUGAUGUGUCACAUGACAGGACUCUGUGUGAGCUGCAUCCUGUGGUGUCUGAAAGAUUGUGUUAACAAACAUUAAAGAGAUGUGUUCAAAUUCA